AAAGCGAGGUGUUUCUCCUCGUAACGCCCACGAGAGACACGGAUGGAGCAGUACCAGCACAACGGUCGCAAGCUCAUCCAGCUGAUCUUCAAGUCGACCGAGACGGGCCGGAAAGCGACCAAGGAGGGGCCUCGCCUUCCGCCCACGUCGCUGCCGUCCAAGCCGCCUCCACCAACCCACCGCGACAUUCUAGUGCGAGCGAGCCCAUCGAUCGCGGAUGUUCGGUUCGAAGAUGGGCCGCAGCUCGCGCAUCUCAAGGCCGCCGCGCUCAAGAAGCAAAAGCGACAUCCAGCACGGCUACCACCCUUGCGGGACGAGCAGCCGUCUGCGCCAUCAAAUAACACCACCACCACCACUAACAACAACAACAACAAUAAUCAGCAGUCGACGUCGGAGCUACAUGGUCCCGAGACGAGCUCGCUCGACUCGCCCGUACUUCUUGGCGACGACCCGACGUCCAUCACCAUCACCAUCGACGAGAUGGACAAGGUGCUUGGGGACUUGCAGAGCUGGCGCACGGAACACGCUCAAAAAGUGUCGUCGCAGCUCCUCGCAGUCGUCGAGGAGGCGUCCCCGGUGACCAACGACACGGACGGCGAGAAUGACGCCACGGACGCUGAGCUACACGACCUCUACUUGAAAGCCAAGGCGCGGUGGGCGACUGUCGACAAGUGGCAGCUCCAGGCGUCGGUGCCAGCCCCAGGAUUGCCACCGGCGGACGAAGCCAAAGUGCAGUCGCUCUUGCAUAACUCAAGCAACGUCUCCAAGCUCCAGAAACUUCGUGACGAGGUGUUUCAGCUGCACGUUCGCGAUCUUUCGCGGCAGUGGCGCGAGUCGCUCAACAACGAUCCCGAAGAAGCGGCCUUUGAAGCCAACUUGCUCGAGCUCGAGUGUGGCGUGCAGACGUACGCCGACGACCUUGAUGCGUUACUCGCUCGCUUGGACGCAAUCCAGACGUCGGUCGACGCCCACGAAGACGACGCUGCGAUCAUGUCGUAGCGAUGGACCUACAUGUAGUACACGGCCUUUCUUUCGCGUG